GACAAUUACGAUGGCGUGCUGCUGCAGCGGGAACAGGCCGCCUUGUUCGGGCAAGGGAGCCACAUGGGCGCUGCCCCACAUACCCGCGAUCGGGGCUUUCUUGACGGCAAUCAUUCACAAAAGUCACCACGGCGGGCCAGCAAUGCGUCUCGGUGCAACACCACGCCCCCCCUGCUACCAUGGAAAAGAUUACGGAUAAGAUCAAUGCGCUGCCCGGUGGCGCAAACUACUUCUCGCUCGAGUUCUUCCCGCCCAAGACGGCCAUGGGCUUCGCGAACCUUUCGUCCAGACUCGAGCGCAUGGCGCAGGCGCUGAGGCCGCUAUUCGUGAACGUAACGUGGGGCGCGGGCGGCUCGACGGCGACCAAGUCGCUCGAGCUGGCCGAGAUAUGCCAGCGCCAGCUGGGCCUCACGACAUGUCUGCACCUGACGUGCACCAACAUGAGCCGCAAGCUCGUCGACGAGGCGCUCGAGCACGCGCGCGCGCUGGGCAUCCGCAACAUCCUGGCGCUGCGGGGCGAUGCGCCGCGGAGCGAGGAAUACAGGGACGAGGGCCAGCUGCCCGAGGACGACUCGAACAAGGACUUCACGUGGGCGGUGGAUCUCGUGCGGUACAUCCGCAAGCAGUACGGCGACUACUUCUGCAUAGGCGUCGCAGCUUAUCCCGAGGGCCACUCGGACCAGAGCCACCCCGAGGCGCAGGAUCCCAAGUUCGACCUCCCGUACCUGGUGGAGAAGACGCAGGCUGGCGCCGACUUCCUCAUGACGCAGCUCUUUUUCGACGUGGAUGCGUAUGACAAGUUCGAGACGAUGCUGAGGGAACACGAGAGCGGCGCGUUUACGACGAUUCCCAUCAUUCCUGGCCUGCUGCCGAUCCAGUCGUACCAGAUCCUCAAUCGCGUUUCGAAACUCUCGCAUGCGAGGAUCCCCGCGGACAUCGUGGCUCGUCUGGACGCUGUGAAAGGCGACGACGAGCUGGUCAAGCAGGUGGGCAUAAAGGUGCUGAGCGAGAUCGUGGACCAUCUGAAAGCACGGCCCAGCCCCACGAGAAGAGGGUUCCACUUCUACACCUUGAACUUGGAAAAGGCUGUCUCACAUAUCGUCGAAAGCUGCCACCUGAUACCACAGCCGCUCGACGAUGACGACGACGCCAUCGAGCUCACCCCUGGCGCCGACCUCCAACCCCCGGAAGGUGCACUGCGGACCAAAGACAGACGACGGUUAUCGUCAGUCAACUCUGAUCCGCGGAAUCGCGUCAUAAUAUCCAAAUCCUCCCACAGCAAGUCGAGCAAUGCCUCCUACGGAGUCCCCGAAGACGAAGCAGGCAUCCCCCAGGGUCCCGUCACUACCCGCGCCAACACGCUCGCCAUCUCCGAAGGCGAAGGCUCUCUCGGACGCGAAGCAACCUGGGACGACUUCCCCAACGGCCGCUGGGGCGACGCGCGGUCUCCCGCCUUCGGCGAGAUAGACGGAUACGGGCCCACGCUGCACGUCUCGACGCCCCAAGCGCUCAAGCUCUGGGGCCAUCCCGUCGACAAAGACGACAUCUCGAAGCUGUUCCGCCGACACAUCGAGGGCGACCUUGAGGCCAUACCGUGGAGCGAGCAGGGCCUCUCUCCCGAGACCAGCACAAUCGCGAAGGAGCUACUUGCUCUCAACGCAAAGGGUUGGUGGACCGUCGCCUCGCAGCCCGCGGUCAACGGACUCAAAUCCACCGACCCUGUUUUCGGCUGGGGCCCCAAGAACGGCCUCGUCUUCCAGAAGCCCUUUGUAGAGUUCUUCCUCCCCGCUGCCGACUGGGCGAAGCUGCAGCCCCGGCUUCAGGCGCACGACCAGGUGACGUACUUUGCGUCCAAUGCAGCAGGUGACUUUGAAGCCAGCAACGAAGAAGGCGUCAAUCCCGUUACCUGGGGCAGUUUCACCGGCAAGGAGAUUGUGACGCCGACCAUCAUCGAGGCGGUGAGUUUUAGGAGCUGGUGCGAGGAGGCGUGGAGUAUAUGGCGCGAGUGGCAGCGGAUUUACGCACCCCGGACGGAGACGAGCAAACUGUUGGGAGAGAUGAGGCGGGAUUUGUGGUUGGUGAAUAUUAUUUGGGGGGAUUAUGUGGAGGGAGAGGGACUAUGGAGGUUUUUGAUGGAGGAGUAGCACAUGCAAGGGUGGUAGGAACAAGAAUACGAGUACUAAGAGAGAAG